UCUUGGGACAUUUUCUUUUCUUUAUUGCAAUUUCUUUUUAUGUUUUUAGUCGCCUGAUAUAUAUCUGGCUUACAGAAAACGCAUGAACAUCAAUGCAAGAUGGUGAUGGUUCCUUCUGCUCCGACCGGCGGUGAAGAUCACGGUAAUUGCGAUUGCUGCAGUGGAGAAAGUUCUCCGACCUCUAUAUCGACCACAAACUGGCAAAUUGCUCACGGAUCUCUGGAAGGCGCCGUCACAUUCGAGUCAACUGACUCACCAAUUGACUCUGAUUCUACUCCAAAUUCGCCUCUUAUCGCCAAGCCCCAUUCACCUGAUUCCGGUCCUUGUGAGAUCAAAAUCUGCUUUGCUCAAAGGAAUGAAAUCCAGCAGGUUUAUGUUCGAAGCAGUGCACGUGUGUAUGAGAUAUACUAUGCAUCUUCUGUACAUGGUGAGAAUGAGUACCUUUGUACUGUUCGUUGUCACGCAGCUGAAAGAGAGGGACACAUUCUUUUAGCUAGUAAUGAAGAUGAAGAUGCUUCCAAGCAACAUAUGGAGGUUAUUAAAGAGGGAAUCCCAGGUAUGGAGAAAUUCACUGGGAAGGUAAAAUCUGGUUCCAGUAGUGAAGAGGAAUGGGUGGAUGUCAAAGUUCCUGGGGAUCCUACUGUUGAGAGUGGAGUCAAUUGGUCACUGAAUCACUCUGCCAUGAGUGAUGGCGGCAGCAUAGAGGAGCUUUAUGAGGCCACAGCUGAGAUUAGAGAUGCUGAACCUUGUGCUUCACUCACAAUCCGUUUCUUAUCUCUUCAGAGCAAAGAUUGUUUAUAUGUAGAUGAGGUUUACAUCUUUGGUGAUCCAUUUGUUCCUGUUGAUUCAGAAAACCCCCUUAUUCCAACAAUAGAAAGCUCAGCCCAAAGUUCCUUAAUGGCAAUGCUCGUUCCAACACUUCUGCAAUUAUCUAAAUCAGCCAUUAACCAAACUGACACUCAUUCUUCUGAUAAUAGGCAGAUAAAGGAUGAUGCUAAUGAUGAGGCGUUUACAAGGAGGACUGAUAUGAUAGAUGAUAAUACAAAUGGAAUUCACUGUGAAGAGAGGUCAAUGAUAGCCAAUGUGCAUGAAACUUUACCUCCAAAACAAUUGACAUCUGAUAAGAAAAACAAUGCUCCAGAAGACAUCGGAAGAGUUUUAGGACAACUUGUUGAGAGGAUGAACAGGAUUGAAGAAAUCUGUUUAAGGUUUGAAGAAACGAUGAUUAAGCCGAUAAACAGCAUGGACGUGAGGCUUCAAAGAGUAGAGGAGCAACUGGAAAUUCUUGCUAAGAACUCUCAACAUACCGGACUGCCUUCUUCUUGCAAAAGAUUCUCAGCUCCUUCAUUUUCAUGCACCGAUUCAAAUUUUGGAUCUUUUUACAAUGAGGGGAAUGACCAUCCUCCUAAUUUGGCAUCAGAGUUAAACAUUGGUUGUCCAGAUGAUGAUAAGCUGUCCAGCCCUACUGACAGUUCAUCAAUUUCCGUAAGUUCUCCACAUACGCAUCCAAGUCUUGUGAUUGAUGCCCCCGAGUUCUCAUGCGGAGAUGAGGAGGAACAAGAAGAAGAAGCCAACCUUGCAUUGGAACAUUCGCGUGUCUGUGGGGACCUAGACGUACCAUUGAAGUCUCCUGUAGAAGAAAAGAGAAAAGCUGUGUCGAUUGAUGAUGCUCUAGCUGCAGCACUUUCUGGGUUCAUAUCAACAUCUACCGCUUCUCUCUCAGAACCCAGUAAAAAAACUGAAGAAGUUUCUGGAUCCAACCCCAAUUGCGAGGCAGGUGGGAUCUCAGAAUAUUGUCCAAACAGUCCAGCUUUCUGGAACAAGUGUGUAAGAGAUGAAAUCAUCGAGGGUCUACCUUCAAAAUGUAGUCAGUCUCUCACAGUUACAGCUCCUGAGGAGAAAACAACUGCAAAUUAUACAUCGGGAGCAAGCCAAGCAGAUGAGAAACCCAAGACCGUUGAAAAGAGUGGAGAUGAUGCCAUAGAGGAAUCUGGUGCAUGUAAUCAGACGAUCACAAUUACAGCUCCCAAGUUCACUUUGGAAGAUUUAGAAGACGAUCUGCAGCCUUGUGAAAGGGAAAGCAAUGAAACAUGUACACUCAAUGAUGACUCAGUGAAUCAUGUGAUAAAUGAGGAAAUAAGCUCAGAUUAUGCAUUGCAAGAGAGCCAAACAAUGAUUAAAUCCGAGAUGGUGGAAAGUGGUGGUGGAGGUGCUGAUAUAUUGGAAAGAACCCGCCACUCGGUGCCUAGUAUGGAUUUUAAUAUUCCUAUUCUGGAGGUGAGUUUUGGAUCACAUGAAGAAGAUUUGUCAGGUAUGGCUUCGUUGCCUCUAGAAAUCCUCCUAGGCGGGAGCGGGGUCCACGUGGAAAAUGGAACCAAAUCUACCAUAUCAGACGGAGGAAAUAAUGAUGUGAUGGGUAGAGAUGAUGAUUCAAGGGAUAAUGACUGUUUGGUGGAUUAUCUUAGCAGCAGUUGUGCCAAUGUGGAUGAAGGAUCGUUUGUGGUGUCCUCUUCUCUCAUAUGAUAAAGCCAGGGUAAUAAUUGGGUACGUUAGAAAAUUGUGCAUGAAAAUAGUUGCAGGUGACUUUUAUGUGCACUUUCUGGGAUUCUGAGUUGUGCUUUCUUGUAGUUGAAGGAGGGACACAAUUCCCCUGCUCUCUCAUGAGUCAUGCCUAACUUUUUUUAGUGUCAUUCUUGGUUGUCCGUCUUUGUUUUCUUGCUGUUUCUGUUUCUUCUAUUAAUGUAUUGGUUGUUCUUCUGUUCCUCUUUGUGUUGUCCAAUACAGUUCAAAUUUGAGAUGAACAAUUGGUCGGCUUCUUCUAUACAUGCCUACGGUCUACCUACAUACAUACGAGUACAAAUUAUGUAUUAGCCAACAAUACAUAAAUUACGGAGUAGGUAUUAGCCAACAUGUGAUGUCACAUACAAACUUGCCUACCUAUCAUAUAUUCAUUCAUAUGUGUUAGCCAACAA